CACAGCAUCAGCUUACAACGUUAAAGACCUGUCCAGGAGCAACAAGGGUUGCCUGUUAAAGUGCCUGCGGGAAAAUAUAUUUUUUUGAUAGUUUAAUUUGAUUUAUUAUUUAUUAUUAUUUGACGUUCAAGAAAGUUGUAUUCCAACCAGUUUUGAAAACCAGGAAACAGUUACGUUUCUUAGUAAUGUCUAGGAAGUGUUUGUUCGCACAAACGACAACGGCAUACUAAACAGUGGUGAUUGCACCGUUUUCCCUGUGGAAUACGGCUGUUUAGAACUCGGAAUGAAAUAAGAUUAAAUAUACAAAUAUUUUUUAAAAAACGUGGCAUAUAUUGACUGGUGGGAUAAAAGAGACGUUCCGGACACUUUCUUUCUGCUGCUAUCGUGUGAAAAAGUAAUUUCUGGCGAAUUCGGGAACUUCAGCAGGGAAACACAGCAACAAUCCCAGGAGUCUCAGGAGGAAGCUUAACAAUUUCUUUACUUUGGCUUGGAAAUCCACCAAAAUUCCGUGCUGCAAGGGCAGGCCCGCCAUGUCUUCCAGCGAAGACCUGAGAGACAUGGGGAGCUAUGACAGUUUCUGGGAGCCAGGGAACUAUAAGCGUACAGUGAAACGAAUAGACGACGGCCACAAGCUGUGCAAUGAGCUGGUCAGCUGCUUCCAGGAACGGGCCAGGAUUGAGAAGAGUUAUGCCCAGCAGCUGACGGACUGGGCUAAGAAAUGGAGGAGCGUAGUUGAGAAAGGUCCCCAGUAUGGCACUCUAGAGAAGGCCUGGCACGCCUUCAUGAAUGCGGCUGACCAGCUGAGCGAGAUGCACCUUGAGCUCAAGGAGCAUCUAAUGGUGGAAGACAGCGAGAAGGUGAGGAACUGGCAGAAGGACGCAUUCCACAAGCAGAUGAUUGGCGGCUUCAAGGAGACGAAGGAGGCUGAAGAGGGCUUCCGGAAGGCGCAGAAACCAUGGGUCAGGAAAUUCAAGGAGGUGGAGGCAUCCAAGAAGGGCUAUCACCAAACACGGAAGGAGGAACGUACCGCUGUGAGUCGGGAGACCCACGCCAAGGCCGACCCCUCCAAGUCUCAAGAAGAAGUCCGCAAGCUGCAGGACCGGGUGGAGAAAUGCAACCAGGAAGCUGAGAAAGCCAAAGACCGCUACGAGAAGGCCUUGGAUGAGCUGAGCCGCUACAACCCUCGCUACAUGGAGGACAUGGAGCAGGUGUUCGAAACCACACAGGAGGCCGAGCAGAAGAGGCUGUGCUUCUUUAAGGACGUCCUGCUGGACAUCCACAAGCACCUGGACCUCUCCAGCGUUGAUAGCUUCCGGUCCCUUCACCGAGACCUGGGCCAGGCAAUAGUCGCAGCCAAUGACACGGAGGACCUGAGAUGGUGGAGGAAUACACACGGACCGGGAAUGAGCAUGAACUGGCCGCAGUUCGAGGAAUGGUCACCGGAGACCAGCCAGGCAAUCAGCAGAAAGGAGAGGAACAGCCAAGCUGCAGACACGGUCACCCUGACCAAUGUGGUUUCAGCAGAGGAGGAGACGCUCCACACCCCCCCGCAGAGCACCAGGGCUGGUAAAGACUACUCCUCUGACUGGUCUGAUGAGGAGAGCCCCCAGAAGUGCGUUGCGGCAAACGGGGUGAAGGAUGAGGCUGAGAAGGUAGCAGGAGUGCAAGUGAAAGCAUUGUACGAUUACAUGGGGCAGGAGGCUGAUGAGCUGAGCUUUAAAGCAGGAGAUGAGCUUCUGAAGCUGGGGGAGGAGGACGAGCAGGGCUGGUGUAAAGGGCAGCUACAAAAUGGACAAGUCGGCCUUUACCCUGCUAAUUAUGUCCAGGUCCUCGGGUCCUGACAAGACUCCUACAGCUUAAAAUGUUGAGGUCAUGUGACUCUGCCUAGCCAGCUGUGAGGCUGAGAUACAUCAGCUGGUGGUUGGAAUAUCCUUUAAUGCAAAGUAGAUGCAAAAUUCUGGCUGGACGGUAAUUUCUUCUUUAUUCAAAGUAGAAAAAAUAUCAGCAAGGGUGGUAUAAGUCUUCCAAAGGAUUUAAGCCGUUCGGGUGAUACCAUAACUGUGGAGCGUGACACUGGCUUGUGUACGCGCAUGGAGCACCCGGUGGAUGUGACAGGGAAAUUCUAAACUAGCAGUCAGGCGUGAUAUUGGCUUGAUAUUCUGCUAUGACCUGGACACUAGCUUAGUCAAUAGAACACUUAUAUAAAACUACGAUUUGAAAAAGAUUCUUUUGCUGUCUUAUCUUUUGAUUGCGUAACAUUAGAUAUGCGUGCGCUUUAUUUUUAAUUGCUUGCUUCACCUCCUGUUUAACAGCGGUGAUAUGAUUCAUUUCAAGCAGAACCGGGCUGAAGUUUUGUUUACAUGCUUAUUAGAAGUAUAAGUAGAUUUUGGAUGAAGAAUUUGUAGUUUUUUUUUUCUUCCCAGUAAUUCUGUUGCCAGUGGGCUAAGAGAGUUGAUCAGUCAAAGUGAAACUAAGCUACGUGAGAAUGAUUUUAAGGCCGAGUGUGUCUUAGGCGAUCUCUUUUACACAUAUCUUUUGAGUGGGGG